CGCAUUUGCCAAAAGCUUUAAGGUACGGAUCCGUAAUUGACUUUCGGUUCUUUUCCUUGUCGCAAAAGCUUUAAUUGAUUCAUUGGCAAAACAGAAAAAAACAACCGAUGGAAUCAAGACCGCUGUAAUGAAGCUCCCACUCCGAUCAUUCGGCUCACCCGCAAUUAUCCCACGAUUACAACAACCUGCUAUUGCCUGUCGCACUUACGCCACUCAUCAUAGCACGAAUCACAACCAAGGAAGCAACUCAGCUGCUUCUAAGAGAAAGGCCGUAACGCCAUUCAACGAUACUGGGUUCGUACCAUGGAAUGAGCUUUCCAUUGGAGAGAAAGCAUCGCGUGCUACGCAGCAGACCUUCAACUUCGGUCUCGUCGUAGUCGGCUUGGUUUUGACAGGAGGUAUUGGCUAUUUCCUCUAUACGGACGUAUUCUCUCCUGAAAGUAGAACUGCCUACUUCAACCGAGCCGUCGACCGAAUCAAGAAGGACCCAGAGUGCGUGCGGCUACUGGGCGAUGGCAAAAAGAUCAUAGCGCAUGGUGAAGAGACGUCGAAUAAGUGGCGCCGCGCUCGUCCAAUCGCGUUCACACAAAAGACAGAUCCGCGUGGCAAUGAACAUCUAAUUAUACAUUUUCAUGUUGAAGGACCACUAAACGAUGGUGUGGCAUAUCUACAUCUAACAAAGGGCGCCAAUCAUCCCGACUUCGAAUAUAAGUACUUCUGGGUUGAUAUCAAGGGCCAUCCGAGGAUUUACCUGGAGAAUGCCGAUACUAAACCUGCGAGUGAAGGGACGAAAAACUUUAAAAUGUUUGGGGUGAACUGGAGAUAGUUUCUAUCUUCCUCCCUUAGCUACAUUGAUAGAUAGUCGAAGUCAAGGCAGCGUUGAAUAGGAAGUGGGUUAGGUACUUGGCCCAGAGGUACCUAUUCUUCCUUGACCCACACCUAGGUACUCUCAUAUGGGGAUGAACGGCUAAGUCAUUUCCUUAUUUUAUGAGGGCGCGCAAAUUCACACGAACUGGGUAGUCAGGUCGUGACAGCGGUAAAUUGCGACCUAGGUAGGCUACUUCCAGUGCUGUUUACUCGCAAAUAGAGAACAAAAGAGUAGCAUUGUAGCUAUAUAUCUAAUAUCCUUGAAAGAGAGGCAUAACCCGUGCCAGUUCAAGCUAUGGCCUAAGUAAAGAGAAAGCAUAACAGCUAAGCCGUCGAAAUUCUUGAUAAUUGUUUGCCAGUACAUAUUGGUUUAGUGUGAACAGCUUAUUCUACAG